AUGAACGACCCGCAGACCCAAAUGAUGGUCCCAGGAUCCGCGAAGCCCGCCGGCCCAUCGCUGCUGGCCUGUCUCCUCUGUCGCCAUAAACAUCUCAAAUGCGACGGCAAGACGCCAGUCUGUGGUCGCUGCCAGCUGACCGGAUCCGAAUGCCAAUACACCAAAUCGCGCCGAGGCUACAAGGGCCCGUCGAAAAAGCGUCGCGCCGAACCUCACACCCCCGACCAGCUUUUCACGGAUCCCGUUCCAGGCGUGGUUGAUCUGCCCGUCGACUGGUCGGGGUAUGGUAGUUAUUCAUAUGCGCCGGUCGCUGUGCCUCAAUCGUCAUCCAACUCCAGCAGCUCGUCGCCCAACGGGAUGCCCUUGUUCGGGGCGAUGAAUUCCCCCAUCUCAACGACGGCCUCCGCUCGUCCGGUCACCGGGCCAAUGACGCCAGAAUCGUCUUCAUCCUUCUGCGGCGACGGCUACCUCCUCGAUAUCUAUUACACCUACUUCCACUCUGCCCACCCUAUCUUGCCCCCCUUGCGUUUCUUGUCACGGGCCGCCCCAUGCCCCACCUAUCUGGAGCAAGUGAUGAAGUUCAUCGCGGCGCACUUCACGCCCGCGGCCUCGCCGGACACCUAUCGCUCCACCGUGGUCACGCACGUGCGCGAGCAAUUCUCGUCGGUCGAGAAAGUGCAGUCGAUGCUUCUACUGGCGAUUGUGCUCCACUCGCGAAACGAGCGCGACGAGGCCCGUGACUGUCUCAAUACUGCGAUCGACAUGUCGCUCGAGCUGGGCCUCAACCAAGCCUCCUUCGCCGAGACCGCCAGUCACGGGGAUCCCAUCCGCGCCGAGUCCCUGCGGCGGACCUGGUGGGAGCUCUUUGUGAUUGAGGGCCUAUUGACCGCACUGGGUCUUCAGCAGGUGUAUCGCACCAAUCUGGUGCCAUUUGAGGUGCCCCUCCCGUGUGAGGAGCGCAUCUACCAGGACGGACUAGCUCCGCCAACUCCAGUGACGAUCACCCAAUUCGAUGCGCGAGUGUUUGCAGACGACGAGCGCGAUUUCUCCUCGUACGCAUACCGGAUCGAAGCGGUUCGCAUCCUCGCUCGUGUGGUCGCGACCCAGGACAUGGUGGAGGGGCAGCAGGAUCAAGUGGAGGCAAUCGACGCGCGAAUCGCUAGCUGGUUCCACCAUCUCCCCGAGUCCAAGUCCGAGUUGAUGCGACCCGACGGGUCGGUAGAUGAGAUAAUGUUCCAGGCGACGAUGAUCGUGAACGGAGCCUCCAUCUAUCUGAACUUCCCCCGAUCCGACCUUUUGUCGUCUCCUGCGGUCGCCUCACAGGUGAUCUGUGGCCACCACGGACCGAUCAGUGUCCCGGCUUUCUCUCAUCAGGCCCACGCAAUGAAAGCAGUCAAGGCAGCCAGUGGCCUAUCUACCUUGGCUGCGCUUCGCCUGCCGGUGGAACGACACACCCCCUUCUUCAUUUGUGCGCUGACCCUGAGCUCCAUCGUGCAAUUAGCCGCGUGCUCCGUCAAGGCAGGUCAGAUGCCAGACCCGAGCCGGGACCGCAUCGGUCUCACCAUUGGCGUGUUUAAAUCAUUGGGCCGCACCUGGGCCAUCUCCCAGUCGAUCAUGCGACAGAUCAAGGCUGUCUCUCGGGACGUGAUGGAGGUAGGAGUCCGUCCGAGCAUGGACACAAUAGACUUCCCUUCCAUUCUCGAUGUCAGUGAUCGGUUCUGGGUCCAGGAUGGUCCUAGCUGA